CUUAGUAUGACCAUAAUAUCCUCGUGGUUGUCAGAGAGUGGCCACAGUGUGUCGGCUGUUACUGGUCUCAAUGAGGUCCAGUCUUACUACCUCGUCAUAGUAGCCACUGCAGUACUCCUGGCUGGACUUUUAUUUGCCAGCCUCUAUGUACUGGGCUUCUGGUCAUCUAGUCUUACCUCGAAGGGAGGUAGGAGGAGGAGGGAUAAGAAGGGCACUUUAGUACUACUUAUGGGCCCAUGUGGUGGAGGCAAGACGGCACUCUUCUCUUGGUGGAAGGGUCGUUCCCACCCAGAGACAGUAUCGUCAAUACGGCCUAAUAGGGAUGUUGUUACUCUACCGACUGGAAGGAAGGUGGAGGUGGUGGACUUCCCGGGACAUAGACGGCUGAAGUUCGAGAGUUACGAAUUGCUAAGGAAUUGUGCCUGUAUUUGUUAUAUAUUGGACUCUACCGACAGGGCUAUGGUCAAGGAGGCCGCAGAGAGUUUGUAUGAUCUUUUUACCAACCAGCUGUUCUUGAAACAUCUCCCACCGAUGCUACUGGUUAUGAACAAACAGGAUAAGCCGACGAGUCGGACAACGAGGCGUGUUUUGGGAGAUCUGAAUAAGGAAAUAGAGAGGCUGAGGACGUCACGAGGCCAAGUAUUGGAAGGAGACGAUGAAGUGGAUAACUUUUUGGGAGUAGAAGGAGAGGCUUUCGAUAUUAUCCAGCAUGCUCCAGUAAAGGUGGACGUUGUGGAGUACAGCGCGGCCACUGUAGGGAAGGGCACCACUGAGGAUGCUGAUAUAGUCGACACGAUCGCUGAUUGGGUUACAGCUACAGCCACUAUUGUUCCCUAAUGCUCGUCACCGUUUCAC